CUCCCCCAGGCGGCAGCAGGAUUACAUCAAGGCGCGUCCCCGAAGCGCGCAGGUCGGCGGCGAGACGAGGUCCCAUCCGGCGUUGCUAUGAGCUCCGAGCGGUCAGCGACGGCCGGCUCUCCCGCUCCUCUCUGCUCGGAGCCCGCUGGGGCCGACUACCGAGACUGGGUGAGGCGAAGCUACCUGGAGCUGGUGUCCUCCAACCAUCACUCGGUGCAGGCGCUGUCCUGGAGGAAGCUCUACCUCAGCCGCGCUAAGCUGAAGGCGUCGAGCCGGACCUCGGCGCUGCUCUCCGGCUUCGCCAUGGUCGCCAUGGUUGAAGUUCAGUUGGAGAUGGACUACAACUAUCCCAAGUUACUGCUGAUUGCCUUCAGUGCCUGCACAACAGUGUUAGUCGCUGUCCACCUCUUCGCUCUCUUGAUCAGCACUUGCAUUCUCCCUAAUGUUGAGGCAGUCAGCAACAUACACAAUCUCAACUCUGUCAACGAGUCACCCCAUGAGCGCAUGCAUUACUACAUCGAGCUGGCCUGGGGCUUCUCAACGGCUCUAGGCAUCAUCCUCUUCCUUUUGGAGGUGGUUCUGCUUUGUUGGAUUAAGUUCCUCCCAGUUGACAAUAAAGGGAAGAAGCACAAGCCUGUUCCAGCCCAGCCUGGAGAAGGACACGCUGGACGGGAUGCAGCCUUGACAUCUACUAUUAUCAUGGCACCAGUGGGCCUUAUUUUUGUGAUAUUUGCUGUACAUUUCUACCGAUCGCUGGUUGGGCACAAAACAGAGCGUCACAAUCAGGAGAUUGAAGAGUUGCACAAGCUGAAGGUACAGCUGGAUGGUCAUGACCGAUCCCUGCAAGUGGUUUGAAAAUAUAUCAAGAAGGAAAAUAAA